CCGGAAGUCCGGGCGGAGACUGAGGCUGCGCUUCUCGCGAAAGGGCUGGCGUCGCGGGGCUGGCCACUUCCGCACUUCCGCUUUCCGGCCCAGCCAGCGCCCGCGAUGACUGCCACUCUCCGCCCCUACCUGAGUGCCGUGCGGGCCACAUUGCAGGCUGCCCUCUGCUUGGAGAAUUUCUCCUCCCAAGUCGUGGAACGGCACAACAAGCCCGAGGUGGAAGUCAGGAGUAGCAAAGAGCUCCUGUUACAACCUGUGACCAUCAGCAGGAAUGAGAAGGAAAAGGUUCUGAUUGAGGGCUCCAUCAACUCUGUCCGGGUCAGCAUUGCCGUGAAACAGGCUGAUGAGAUCGAGAAGAUUUUAUGCCAUAAGUUCAUGCGCUUUAUGAUGAUGCGAGCAGAAAACUUCUUUAUCCUUCGAAGGAAACCAGUGGAGGGAUAUGACAUCAGUUUUCUGAUCACCAACUUCCACACAGAGCAGAUGUACAAACACAAGUUGGUGGACUUUGUGAUCCACUUCAUGGAGGAAAUCGACAAGGAAAUCAGCGAGAUGAAGCUGUCGGUCAAUGCUCGUGCGCGCAUAGUGGCGGAGGAGUUCCUCAAGAAUUUUUAAACCAUCUGACUGGAUCUUGAGGCCUUCCCCCUCACACUCCCCCGUGUCUCUGCAAAGGCAUCCUGGAGUUACUCCCUAGAGCGGCGGCGGCAGCGGCAGCAGCGGCAGCAGCAGCAGCAGCAAGCGGCGGUGGCGGCAGAGCCGGGGAGCUGGGUCGGGGUGGGUACUAGAUGCGGGAGGUGGGUGGUGUGCUUGCUAGCUGGGCAACAAAGCAGCAGUGGACCUGCCCCAAGGCCACAGGUGCCUGGUCAGGCUGGCUUCUGAUGUUCAGUCCCCUGGGCUGGGACAGAUUUUUUUUAACGUCUUGAAACUUAAAUUCUGUGCUUGUAGGAGACUGAAACGUUUUUGUCUUUUUUUUUUUUUUUUUUUUAAACAAACAACCUCCACCUCCAGUGGCUGUGACUGGUCCCAGUGAUUGUACCACAUUGGUCGCUGUGGGUCUGGGCGGGCCUGGAGCCAGAAGGCGACUAUUGUCCCCCUUCCCCAAUCACCCCCUCCCCAAGCCCCAGGUGGGGAGGGUGGGAGGGAAGGAGGAAGAUUUCAGACUCCAGCUCCUUUCCCUUGCUCUCUUAUUCCUGAGCCUACUUGGGCCCAGUUGAAGUUGUGGGGACCCUCUGCCAGCUUCCUGAGCUCUCCCUGAAGAUGGCCACCCAGCACUGGUUGAGGACAAGGGCUGAACUGGUGGCCACCAGCCAUGUUUAGGAGCUGGGCCCUGAAAGCCAGGUACCUCUGGCCAUGGGUCACUUUGUGCCCUCCCAGUUGAGAGGGGCCUUUGUCUCGCCUUGUCUCGGUGCAGUGCCUGUGCUAGAGGUGGAGAGGUGAGUCCUCCAGAGCUUCCUGAGCUGGGGCUCUCCUGCCUGCUCUGGCUCCUCUGCUCCCACGCUCGCUGUACCUUUUCUUAUUCUGGUGGAUCCCCCUUGCUCCCCUGAUUAAAGUCUUCUUCUUGCCCCUUUGGGGCUGCA